AUGCCUGACGUAAAGUCUCUGCCAUGUGAUUACUCUCCAGCAGUCUCGUCUGCUGGCUGCAGCAUGGACCUGGAACCCUGCUUUAGUGAAUUACCAGAUCCUCUCUCAGUCCUUGGCCCUCCACUUUCUGGCUUCCCCAACCAUGGAAAGCCAUCUUACAAUAACCUGGAUGCACCAGUGAACUGCUAUUCUCCAGGAUCUAACAACAACCUCCUUAGCAAUAUGGGGAUCCAGUAUUGUGCCACCAGCAAUGCAUAUCCACUCAAACAGCCUGAAUUCCAGUCCAAUUACCAAGCAGGGCAACUUUCGAAAACCUGUUCCAGCUCCGGGAAUAGUAGAAUGUAUCACAGCCUGGAAAAUCUGCACUGGAAUGCAGACCCUGGUGUGUACACAUACAGGAGUGUGGAGAGUGAGUUUGUUUUGCACUGUACCCCCAGCAGUCAGUGGUAUGAUGGGUCUCCUCAGGGAUCACAGGUCUACUCUAUGAUACAUUCCCCAGAGAGCUUCUACCCUCGCCGGGGACUGCUGAGAAAGGAUUUGCCACUCUUCCCUCAGUGGCUUUUUCCUGCUGUGGAGGACUGGGGAAUGAAUGGUAAUGCCCGGAAAGGCCUAAGAGACAAGCUUCGCCUCCAGAGCACCCGUGUAACCGAGCCCCUUAAGCCUCUUCGUCCUCAGCCUUUGCUGGGCAACACCAAGCUUUCUUGUGGCAGUCAGAAAAUGGAAUCGCUUGGUUGUUUUUCCUCUUCAGGAAUGGUGAAUGGACAGAGAGAGCUGUGUGCUCGUCGCAUUACAAAUACAGAAGAAAUCAAGCAGGAAGUUAUACGUAGGCUUCAGCUUCGCAGACAGAGAAGCACUCCAAACCUGGCCUUUAAUUCCAACCAGGAAUCUAACCUUGGUAGGUCCUCCACCUCUGAGCUUCUUAGCAGCACUGCCCAGUCUACUCUGGAGAGAAAAAGACCUCCUAUAGGACGCCUGCACAUCCCAACAUUUGAGGAGUUCAAGAGGAUGAGGCAAAAAGAAACAGCCAGGCUUGAAGGUCAGUCCAGAGUGGGCGACUGUGAGGAAAAAGCACAAGUGACUUCUGUCAGAGAAGUCAGGCAAAGUUGCAACAACUUUGAAGAUGCAUCUAAUUCCUGUAGCUGCAAUAAAGAAGAUUUGAGUGGAGCUAGUUCAGCUGCAGAGGCUUCAGAUGCACCCAUCUGCACAGGACCUGUACCUCGCUCUCCUCUGCACUCCCAGAAUACCCCUGUAAGAGAAGGAAAUGCUGAGCAACCAAAAAGCCCUGAAUGUAAUGAUCCAGCUGUUCCCCAUUUUCCUCCUAAGGGGGCAUCAUCCUGCUGCACUGCUAUUCUUCUUGAUGGAACAGACCUUUCUAGUUAUGGAGCCCAUUUGUACAAGAUGAAGGAGGGCCUCCUUGGAUCAGCACUGGGUCUUAUAAAAAAGAGCUGCAGUGCAGAGCUGAGCACCGAAGCCCCUGUUAGGCUCCCACGUGACCAGCACAAGAGCGCUGAGAUCAUCACUCCCCAGCCAGGGUGUCAAUCUGCCUGCGUUUCCAUAACAACACCGGCCUGCAGACAGGAGACUUGCACUGAAGGUACAGGACGAGAGAGAGGACACCCAGGAGAAUGCCAGAUCUCCGGUUCAGGAUGCAGGCGCUCCAGCUCAGACGCAACAUAUGACCCAGAUGGAUCGGUGAGGGCGCAACGGGAGUGCCGCUUGCGCCCCCACGUCAGUGACCCCAUGCCCACCGACGCUGCCAAGCGAAAACAGCUGGAGAUGAAAAUCGCUGCAGCUGCACGGCUCCAGAGUCAUCGCAGGGGCAGAGAUAGUACAGGUACUCGACUAGUUAGAGGCCACUCUGAGCCACGAGCAGAAAGUCAUGUUGGAGGUCUGGGUUUAAACCAAGUGUGUCAGCACCGCUGGAGCACAGUGAGCAGUGUAAGUGCGGACAGUGGUGUGAUGGGGCUGUGCGACGACCGUGAGGAUGAGGAACAACUUCGACAAACUCAGCACACGACCGGAGCUGAGGUGGAGCGUGUGGACAGCGGCAUCGACUCCGGUUUGACACCAGGCUGGAAAAAGCCUUUGGAAUCUUUCAAAGCCUGGGAGGCCCGGUGGCCAUGCUUGGACUGCGGUCACCGAGACACAACUCAGGAGGGGGGCAUGUGUGAGAAAUGCUCAAAAUUACGGACUGAGCGGAAGGAAGCCAUUUUGGAGUUCCUUAACACUGAGUCCAGUUACGGUGAAGACCUGCGCAUCAUCAAGGAAGAGUUUUACUGCCCCAUGCAGAAUGCAGGACUGCUUACAGCUGAACAACUGACUGUGGUCUUCGGCAAUGUACAGGAGCUUAUUGACGUUAAUGAGAGGUUCACCGAGCACCUACAGGACAGCAUUGAUCAAGCUUUUGAUCAGGGAGAUGACGAUGUGCAAACUGUAUGCAUUGGUAAAAUCUUCUUGGAAUUUGUCAACAUGCUACCUGCCUUUCAAACCUACUGCUUGCAGCAAUCCACAUCUGUAAACAUGCUGAACACCCUGGAGAAGGAAAAAGAGCUGCUCAGAAUAUUCCUCGAUGUUUCUCAGAAUGAUAACACAGCUUUGCGGCGCAUGAACCUGCGCUCUUUCCUCAUUGCUCCACUCCAGCGCGUGACCAAGUAUCCACUUCUGUUGAGCCGAAUCAUUAAAGCCACCAACGAAUGUCACCCAGACUACAGCCAUCUGAAGGAGGCUAAGAGUCGUGUGGAGUCGCACCUGGAGCACAUCAACAUGAAGAGCAGACAGGAAGGCACAGCUACAUGGUCACUGCGUUCCUUUCGCCGCGACAGCCGCAAGAAUCGCGAGGUGAUUAACAUUGAGAUAAGGGAGACAUCCCUGAAGCUGGUAGGCUGGGCACGUGAGAGCACUCGCUUCAUUAUGGAAGGCCUGUUACAGCUCUCCCAGCCAGCUGAUGGCCAAUGGGUAAAGAAAGGUAGCAAGUCACUCAAGUUUCAGAACGUUCAAAGCUUGCUCAUGGUACGCACAGCAGACAGAGGAGUAAAAGGAGACCAAACGGAGGUGUUUGAGACUGUGCAGGAUGGCGUUCUGGUACUGAUCAAGGAUAAAAGUAGUGGCAAGUUUGCUGUACUGCGUGAACCCAUCCAUUUGGCUAAUUGUGUGGUAUCAGCUGACCCAGACUGUGAUGAUACGUUUGAGGUGCUGGACAUCCGACGUGAAGCUUUCGUUUUCCGUGCCUCAGACAAAUCCCGCACACAGCAGUGGUAUCGGCAGAUUAAAAGGUACGCGUGUGACCUAGGACUGUGGAGAAAAAGACGAAAUGCACUCCCUAAUAUAAUGAUUAAUACAACCCAGAGCCGCUCUUGAGACUCGUCUGCACAACCAAAAUGUGGUGUAACAUCUUGUUGAAACAUGUUCAUUAACAGUAUUACAUUAUUGAAAAAAA